AUGUCAUUAAGCUAUCUCACUUUAGAUCAAUAUUACGAGAUACAAUGCAAUGAACUUGAAGCAAUACGAUCCAUUUACAUGGAUGAUUUUAGCGACUUGACGAAGAGAAAGUCCAGCUGGGACAAACAACCUCAGAUCAUAUUCGAGGUCACACUUCGAUCUGUUGAUAAAGAGCCGGUAGAAUCUUCUAUAACGUUGCAUUUUGCGAUGACACCAAUGUACCCUUAUACCGCUCCAGAAAUAGACUUUAGGAAUGUACAAAAUGUAAUGGAUAGUCAGCUGCAAAUGCUAGAGAAUGAAUUUAAGAAAAUUCAUGAUACCUCUCGAGGUCAAGAGAUUAUAUUUGAGGUCACGUCCUACACGCAAGAGAAACUGGACGAAUUUCAAAAUGUGGUUAAUACACAGUCGCUGGAAGAUGAUCGAUUACAAAGAAUUAAAGAAACUAAAGAAAAGUUAGAAAAGGAGGAGAGAGAGAAACAACAGGAAACAAUUAAGAGAAGGUCUGAUGAACAGCGCAGGAUAGACGAAAUAGUUCAAAGAGAGUUGGAGAAAAGGCAGGAUGACGAUGACGAUGAAUUAUUAUUGAAUAGAUCCACUCAGUUAGAUUUACAUCCGCCCUCAGAAUGGAUUGCCUCAGGGGAAGCUAUAAUCUUUUCAAAAACUAUAAAAGCAAAACUGCCUAACAACUCAAUGUUUAAGUUCAAGGCAGUUGUGAAUCCGAAACCUAUAAAAUUGAUGUCAGAUUUAUUCAGUUUUUCCAAACAGUUUCUUGUAAAACCUUACAUACCGCCAGAAUCUCCGCUGGCAGAUUUUCUAAUGUCUUCUGAAAUGAUGGAAAAUUUUUACUACUUACUAUCCGAAAUCGAGUUGGAUAAUAGUUACUUUAACACAAGCAAUGGGAAAAAAGAAAUAGCAAAUUUAGAGAAGGAGUUAGAAACCGUGUUAAGAGUUAAGCAUGACAAUGUUAAUCGAUUGUGUGGCUAUACAGUAGAGCGUAUGGGGAGAAACAAUGCUACUUUUGUUUGGAAAAUAAGACUUUUAACAGAGUAUUCCAAUUACUACCCUGUGGGAGAUUUGAUACAAUCCGUCGGAUUUGUCAACUUAGCAACAGCACGUAUUUGGAUGAUCAGAUUACUUGAAGGACUGGAAGCUAUACACAAAUUAGGUAUUAUCCAUAAAUGUAUCAACUUAGAGACCGUGAUUUUGGUUAAGGAUGCCGAUUUUGGAAGCACCAUACCUAAACUUGUCCAUUCUACCUAUGGUUACGUUAUUUUGAAUAUGCUAUCGAGGUAUCCAAAUAAAAAUGGUUCUUUGAUUGACCUGCCUUCAGAUUCAUGGAUAGCUCCUGAGUUGGUGAAGUUCAAAAAUUCUAAGCCUCAAAGGUUGACCGAUAUAUGGCAACUUGGUGUUUUAUUCAUUCAGAUAAUAGGCGGCUCUGAUACAGUAAUGAAUUUUGAGACACCUCAAGAAUUCCUAGAUUCGACAAGUAUGGAUGAAAGUCUGUACGAUCUUCUUUCGAAGAUGCUUAGUGCUAAUUUGAAGAAAAGAUUGGGGACAUUAGAGCUGCUACCCAUGAAAUUUUUAAGGACCAAUAUUGACUCCACUAUAAAUCGAUUCAACUUACUUCCUGAAGGCACAAAUUCCAACUCAUUGGAAUUGGUUCCUGGGGAUAUUGCAAAUUGCCGAGGCGGCGAAGGGAGAACACUUUCACAAACCAGCAUACGAAGAAGGUCAUUUAAUGUUGGCUCUCGAUUUUCUUCUAUAAACCCUGCUACACGAUCUCGAUAUGCUUCAGACUUCGAAGAAAUUGCAGUUUUGGGACAGGGUGCAUUUGGUCAAGUUGUCAAGGCACGUAAUGCUCUUGACAGCAGGUAUUAUGCUAUUAAGAAAAUUAGGCAUACGGAAGAAAAGUUAUCUACUAUACUAAGUGAGGUAAUGCUGCUAGCGAGCUUGAAUCAUCAAUAUGUUGUACGAUAUUAUGCUGCGUGGUUGGAAGAAGAUAGUAUGGAUGAAAAUGUUUUUGAAUCGAGUGACGGAGAAAGCGAUGUAAGCGAAUCUUCGUCUGAUUAUGAGGAAAAUGAUUUGUUAGAUCAAAGCAGUAUUUUCAAAAGUAGAACCAAUCAUGAUUUGGACAAUAGCAACUGGGAUUUCAUAUCGGGAUCAGGAUAUCCGAAUAUUGUCUUCGAAGGUAGCUCUUGUGGUAAUGAGAAUGAAGAUUCUGACCAUGAAUCCACUUCUAUUUCUUCAAGCGAAAGCGAGGAAGAUAUUAGCAAAGAAUCAAGAAACAUCCAAGACAUUCCGAAAAGGAGAAAUGGUGUGAAGCCCAUGAUAGCUGUUAAAAAGAAAAGUACCCUUUUCAUUCAAAUGGAGUACUGUGAAAAUAGAACACUAUACGAUCUGAUCCAUUCCGAAAACCUGAAUCAACAGCGGGAUGAAUAUUGGAGGUUGUUUCGACAAAUACUGGAGGCUUUGAGCUAUAUACAUUCUCAAGGUAUCAUUCAUAGGGAUCUAAAACCAAUGAAUAUUUUCAUUGAUGAAUCAAGGAAUGUCAAAAUUGGUGAUUUCGGGCUAGCUAAGAAUGUUCAUAGGUCUCUAGAAAUUCUUAAGUUAGAUUCACAAAACCUGCCAGGCAGCUCAGACAAUCUGACUUCUGCCAUUGGUACGGCUAUGUAUGUUGCUACUGAAGUUUUGGACGGUACAGGUCACUAUAACGAAAAGAUUGACAUGUACUCACUUGGCAUAAUCUUUUUUGAAAUGAUCUAUUCAUUUAGUACGGGUAUGGAAAGGGUUAAUAUAUUAAAAAAGCUACGAUCAGUAUCCAUAGAAUUUCCUCCUGAUUUUGACGAGAAUAAGAUGAAAGUUGAAAAAAAAAUCAUAAGGUUAUUAGUGGACCAUGACCCUAAUAAAAGGCCUGGUGCUAGGGCACUGUUGAAUAGUGGUUGGCUUCCGGUAAAGCACCAAGAUGAAGUUAUCAAAGAGGCAUUAAAGAGUUUGUCGAAUCCCUCAUCCCCUUGGCAACAACAAGUGAGAGAAAGCUUAUUUAACCAGUCAUACAGUUUAACAAAUGAUAUUCUAUUUGACAAUUCAGUCCCGACAUCUACUCCUUUUGCAAACAUCCUUAGAUCUCAAAUGACUGAAGAGGUAGUUAAAAUCUUUAGGAAACACGGAGGUAUUGAAAACAAUGCUCCCCCAAGAGUCUUCCCAAAGGCUCCCAUAUACGGUACGCAAAACGUAUAUGAAGUGCUUGACAAGGGUGGUACUGUCUUGCAAUUGCAAUACGACUUGACUUAUCCCAUGGCUCGGUAUUUGUCCAAAAAUCCAAGUCUCAUUUCAAAGCAAUAUAGAAUGCAGCAUGUUUACAGACCUCCUGAUCAUUCAAGAUCAAGUCUGGAGCCUAGGAAGUUCGGUGAGAUUGAUUUUGAUAUAAUUUCUAAGUCCUCCUCAGAGUCAGGUUUUUAUGAUGCAGAAAGUCUGAAAGUUAUCGACGAAAUAUUAACCGUAUUCCCUGUAUUCGAGAAACCGAAUACUUUUUUCAUAUUGAAUCAUGCGGAUAUUUUGGAGAGUGUUUUCAAUUUUACAAAUAUUGAUAAAGCUCAGAGACCUUUGGUUUCACGUAUGUUGUCGCAAGUUGGAUUCGCGAGGUCAUUCAAGGAAGUGAAGAAUGAAUUAAAGGCGCAAUUAAACAUAUCUUCUACGGCAUUAAAUGAUUUGGAAUUGUUUGAUUUUAGAUUGGACUUCGAAGCAGCUAAGAAACGUCUCCAUAAAUUAAUGGUUGAUAGUCCACAUCUAAAAAAAAUUGAGGAUUCAUUGUCACAUAUUUCAAAGGUGCUCAGUUACUUGAAACCCUUAGAAGUCACGAGAAAUGUUGUAAUAUCUCCUUUAAGUAAUUACAAUAGCGCCUUUUACAAAGGAGGUAUCAUGUUUCAUGCAGUUUAUGACGACGGAUCAUCGCGUAACAUGAUAGCUGCUGGCGGAAGGUACGAUACUCUGAUAUCAUUUUUUGCCAGACCAUCGGGAAGAAAAAGCAGCAAUACGCCAAAGGCCGUAGGAUUUAACCUGGCUUGGGAAACGAUAUUUGGUAUCGCGCAAAAUUAUUUCAAACUUGCCUCUGGUAAUAGAAUAAAAAAGAGAAACAGAUUUUUAAAAGAUACAGCUGUUGAUUGGAAACCAAGCAGGUGUGAUGUUUUGAUAUCGAGCUUUUCAAAUUCUUUACUAGAUACUAUCGGAAUUACAAUAUUGAACACAUUAUGGAAGCAAAACAUCAAAGCUGAUAUGUUGAGAGAUUGUUCUUCGGUGGAUGACGUUGUUAGUGGUGCCCAACAGGAUGGUAUAGAUUGGAUUUUGUUAAUUAAACAGCAGGCUUAUUCACUCACCAACCAUAAAAGAAAAUACAAGCCACUUAAAAUCAAAAAACUGAGCACAAAUGUUGAUGUAGAUUUAGACCUUGACGAAUUUUUAACUUUGUACCAGCAAGAAACCGGUAAUAAAUCCCUAAUCAACGAUAGCUUGGUUCUAAGUGAUAAGAAUGACGAAUUCAAAAAAUGGGAUGAAAGCAGCAGUGCCGGUAGUAGCCAAGAGGGUGAUUUAGAUGAUGUUGUUGCUGGUUCGACGAACAAUCGGAAGGUGAUAUAUGUCCCAAAUAUGGCUACAAGAUCUAAGAAAGCUAAUAAAAGAGAAAAGUGGGUUUACGAGGAUGCAGCCAGAAAUUCUUCGAAUAUGGUAAUACACGGCUUAUCGAAUGCACCAAUUAUUACUGUUGAUGCCUUGAGAGAUGAAACUUUAGAGAUAAUUUCAAUUACUUCUUUGGCUCAGAAGGAAGAAUGGUUGAGAAAGGUAUUUGGGUCAGGUAACAAUUCAACGCCUAGGAGUUUUGCCACGAGUAUUUAUAAUAAUCUUUCCAAAGAGGCUCAUAAAGGGAACAAGUGGGCAAUAUUAUAUUGCCACAAAACUGGAAAAUCCUCAAUCAUCGAUCUACAAAGGUGA